UCUGAUCUCUGCUACCGCAAAAAUUGGUUUUUAUUUCCCCGCCUACCUCGCCGUCUAGGGUUUCGCCGCCUCACCUCGAUCCACCCACGCGACAGCCGCGCCGCCAUGGAGUUUGACGAGUACGAGUACCUGGAGAAGGCGGUGGAGCCCGCCGCCCCGCCGGCCAACGGCUCCGGCGAGAAGGACCGCGGCUCGCGCCGCCGCGAGGGCGGCGAGGAGCGCGUGUCGAAGCGCUCCCGCUCGGGGGAGGACCGCGACCGGCACCGCAGCGGCCGCGAGCACCGGGACCGGGAUGACGGGAAGGAGAAGGAGAAGGAGAAGGAGAAGAGCCGCGAACGCGGGAAGGAUAGGGAGGGGAGGGACCGGGAGAAGGAGAAGGAGAAGGAGAGGGAGAGGCGUAGGCACAGUGAGAGGGACGCGGAGAGGGAGCGGGAGCGGAGGAGCCGGAGCCGGUCGGAGCGGCGCCGCGCUGAAGAGGAGGAGAUGGUGAGGGAACUGGAGCGGGAGCGCGAGCGCAGCGAGCGCCACCACUACCGUGACCGUGAUGUCAGACGUAAGAAAGAUGAUGGUACAGAACCAAUAGUUGAUCCAGAAAGGGACCAGAGGACUGUAUUUGCCUUCCAGCUAUCCUUGAAGGCAGAUGAAAGAGACGUUUAUGAAUUCUUCUCAAGGGCUGGGAAGGUCCGCGAUGUUCGCCUUAUUAUGGACCGAAACUCACGACGUUCUAAAGGAGUUGGGUUAGUUGCCGUGAUAUAUGCCCCUGUGUACAUCGAGUUUUACGAUGUUAUGUCUGUUCCAAUGGCGAUUGCCCUGUCUGGCCAACCUCUUCUUGGGCAACAAGUGAUGGUUAAGCCAUCAGAGGCUGAAAAGAACUUGGUUCAGUCAAAUGCAACAUCAGGUGGUGCAGCUUCAGGUGGAGCAAGAAAGUUGUAUGUUGGCAAUCUUCACUCCAAUAUCACCGAGGACCAAUUGAGACAAGUCUUCGAACCAUUCGGCCAAGUGGAGCUUGUACAGCUACCUCUAGAUCCCCUGACUGGGCUGUGCAAAGGUUAUGGUUUCAUUCAGUUUGCACGGCUUGAAGACGCAAAAGCUGCACAGAGCUUGAAUGGUCAGCUUGAUAUUGCUGGCAGAGUAAUUAAGGUUUCAGCUGUUACUGAUCAUGUGGGUGUCCAAGUUAGUGGAGCAACUACUGGAGAUUUGGAUGAUGAUGAAGGUGGAGGCUUGUCAUUAAAUGCAAGCUCCAGAGCUGCUCUUAUGCUGAAAUUGGACCGGAGUGGCACUGCAACCAGCUUAACCGGUGGUAUUGGUGCUGCUGGGGUGAGCACCUCCAUGGCUCUACCAGCGACAUCAGUUAUUGGGGCUCCUCCAGCAGGUGCUCCUCUUCUACAGCAAACAGUAUCUGCUGUUGGAUCAAUUCCUGUGGCACCUGUGCUUCCUGUUACCACUCAAUCUGUGGGCAUGUCUGCACCUACUGAAUUCCUAUUGCUUAAGAACAUGUUUGACCCAGCAGUGGAGACGGAUCCUGAUUUUGAUUUGGAUAUUAAAGAUGAUGUCCAAGAAGAAUGUUCCAAGUUUGGCUUAGUGAAGCACAUUUUUAUUGACAAGAAUACUUCUGGCUUUGUGUAUCUGCAUUUCGAUGGUGUGAUGGCAGCAACGAAGGCACAACAAGCACUUCAUGGAAGAUGGUUUGCCGGAAAGAUGAUUACGGCAACCUUUAUGCUUAUGUGGCGAAGAGUUGGCAAGAGGGCAAGAUCCACUUAUCCGUUCAAAGUUGUAGUAAGUGGUGUAUCGUUUGCAGGAAUACAUUUAGUAAUUGUACGGCAGGAUAGUUGCGACAUUGGUGUCAGUUCAGCACUGUAUGUACUGUACGGCAUCGCCUGGUUGCAAGGCCUUUCUUGUGGAGCACAAUGCUGGACUUGCUGGGUGAUUUGUUUGGUUGUUAGUGAUGAAACAGUUCAAUUAUCAAACGUCUCUGGCUGCAUGGCGUAUGCAACGUUUAGGCCUACCAAUGGGUUGGGUUUGCUUGGGUUGGGUUGGGUUUGCUAAAAGCGGGUUAGAGCAUUUUUAACAGAUUAGCUAAAUUGUAUCUUUUAUAUUUUUAUAAGAAAGGGUAUCUAAAAAGAUUCUCUUGGUAUCUUUUUUACUCUAACAAACUAUUCUAUUCUUCUAUAUUUUAAUUUUA